AAGACUUGGGAUCAGAAGAGAGCAAACAAGUGAGCUGUGGUUCCAUAGAAGUCAGAGAAAAAUGUUGCAGCUCAUUGUAGAGUCGGCCAAAGUCCAGCCCCCUCAAACUCCCCCACCAAGCUUUUGUGUGACAGUAUACUUCAGAGAUGUCAAGAAGAAAACUCGAGUCAUAGAAGACAAUAAUCCCAUAUGGAAUGAGACCCUCGUCUGGCAUCUAGGCCCACAGCUCUUGGAAAUUGACUCCUACUUGCAAGUCAUCCUUCGAGACAUAAGCCAAAAAAAAAGUGAAAGGACUUUUGGUGUAAGCACUGUAUUCCUUAGGCCACUGGCAGAAAAUCCACAUGAGCCUCUGGAUCUAACUGAGCUGCCCCUAGUUAGCCAUACUACAUAUCCCACAAAAAGUACCAUCACCUUACAAAUAACAUACUUGCCUCAGAUGGCCCAACCUAAGUCAGAAACUUGGCAAAGCCUUGGCAUCGGCUGUAAGGAGGCUGAAGGGCAGGAAAUCAUGGUGACCGGCCACAAUGUGAGAAUGCCUCUGACCUUCAAGCCACAGGAUUUCCAGGUCCAAGUGAGAAUAUUUGAAGCCCGCCAGCUCCAUGGAAACAAUAUUGAGCCAGUGGUGAAGAUAUUAAUUGGAAAACAUGAGCAUCGGACUCGGAUCAAGAAGGGAAAUAAUCCCUUUUUCAAUGAGAAAUUCUUCCAUAAUUUCCAUCAUCGGUAUCCCACAGACUUUUUUGAAGAAAUCCUCUCAAUCCGGGUGGUAGACUCCAAAGCAAGGAGAGCCAAAUCAGAGAUUGGGGAGUGCAAGAUAGAUAUUUGGAUCAUCUACCAAUCUCCAGGACACACACUCAUGAGGAAAUGGCUAGGCCUCUGUCAUUCUAAUAAACCCUACUUGGGGAUCAGAGGCUACCUGAAGGUCACCGUUUCUGUCCUCGGUGCUGGAGAUGAAGCUCCGGUGGAUCAUGGACAUCUGCAUGAGACUGGUGAAAUGGAGAAGAAUCUCUUUAUGUCAGCCAUAGUCCCUAUCCAAUUAGCUACUUUUUGUUUCUAUAUCUAUUCUGCUGAAGACCUGCACUUCAGUAAAGCCAAAACUAUGACUUCUAGGAUCUUUUCCCGUGUGGUCAAGGAGAAAAAGAGCUCAAUGAAUCCUCUACUGGAGGUGGAAAUAGCAGGGAAAAUACUCAAAACUAACCCGAAGCUCCAAACAGAGAGGCCCAGGUGGGACGAAACUCUGACCUUCUCUGUUCAGUUGCCCUGCAUGACUAACCACAUCAAGCUGAGGGUUCUUGACUGGGACAAAAAAAAACACAAUGAAGUGAUUGGGACAGCCAGUUUGAAUAUCACACAUCUCUGUUCUACUGGAGCUCUCACUAAAGGAGAAUUCUCAGGUUUCUUGCCCUGUUUUGGCCCUAGCUAUCUAAUUCUUCAUGGGGGAGAGAAGGCAUUAUCCUGGAACUUCCCUGAUGAAGAACCCUUCCCUCUUGACUCAACUGAGGAAGGCUUAAUUUAUCAAGGUAGAGUCUUAAUGGAACUAGUCUGUGGAAUACAAGAUAAGAAAACAAAAGCACUUCCCCCUAGGACUUUGGCGGGCUUCAUAGAGAAUGAACUGAACCAACAAAACUAUGGACUGUGUAUCAUCUUCCUCUCCUCUACCAUGAUGCCGGCCUUUAAGAGCCAGAUUCACUUCGAGGUCACCCUUGGCCACUAUGGUAGCAAAAUGGACCAGAAUUACAAGCCGCUGGCCUCUACCACCCAGUACAGCCAAGCCGUGAUUGAUGAUACUUCAUACCACCACCUCCCUUGGCAUAAUUCCAAGCCAGUAGUGACUCUGACCUCCACCUGGGAGGAUGUCAGCUACCGGAUGGAUUCCCUCAAUGUCCUACAUAUGGCCCGGGACCGACUGAAAUCAAACCUGGAGGCCCUGAAGUCAUUCCAGAAUCCUAAGAACCCAGCUUUAUCUAGAGUAUGGAAGAAACUGCUGGAGGAAUUAAUGGAAGAUUGCAAGAGGCCUUUGCCCCAAAUUUCAGACCAACCCUAUUCCACAAUCUUGGACCAGAAUUUAUGGAAACUUCGAAAACUGGUCCUUCAGGAAUUGGCAGAUGAAGCCAUGAACAGCAAGCAUAAAGACACGGAAAUGCUGCCUGCAGCUGAGAAUUGGUUAUAUCGGCUCAACUCUGUGAUUCUAGAGCCUCAGUCUGGCAUCCCUGACAUUGUGAUCUGGCUCCUGUGCAAAGAACAUCGUGUUGCCUACACCCGGGUGCCCAUCCAUACCAUCCUGUUCUCCCAGGCUGGGCCCUUCUAUGGUGGCAAAUUCUGUGGCAAGGCUCAGACCCUCUUCAUGAAGUACUCCAAAGAACGAGAACCAAAGAACUUACUAGAGGCUCAAGAGCAGAAGGGAAUAAUGGCUGCUCAGCUCCGGGUAUGCAUGUGGCUAGGCAGUGUCUUGAACAGCAGUGACCUGGCGAAGAUCGGCUAUAAUGACUUCAUCUUCUAUUCAAAGACAUAUGAGAACCAAGCUAUGUUCCAGGGCAAGUGGGGACCAGAGGGGCUGAAAAACUAUCCCAAUUUCUCUGAUGCCAGUGGAAACUACAUUCUUCCCAAGGAGAACUUCCAAGUGCCUCCAGGAUGGGAGUGGCAGGGGAGUUGGUUUGUGGAACCCCAGACAACAUUCUUUGUAGACACAGACAUUAACCAAAACCAAAUUCUGGAGGAAGUAUACGAAAACCAGACACGGGACAUUUGGGGAAGUUGGGCUCCAGCUGCUAUCCCAAAUACAGAUAUGAUUGGACAGCCUGUGCAGGCUAGGGAAGACAUGGAGUGCCCAGAAGGCUGGUCCAUCAAGAAAAACUGGAAUGUGGAGUUAAACGAUGCAGUAGAUAAUGAAGGCUGGGAGUACGGUGUGGGAAAUCCUCCCUCAGAUAUCCCCAAAGCUUGGACUGCUGUGGAAAAGACCUAUCAUUCCUGGCGCCGCCGCCGCUGGGUGAGACAGAGAUUCCAACACCCUGGAGUCCACAAAGAUGAACAGAAGGAGUCACCGGACCUACAUGGGGAAGAUGCAGGCUGGGAAUAUGAUUCCUUUGGCUUCAAAUUUGACCCAAAUCCAAAUCCAGACAGCGUACUCCGCCGCCGCUGCUGGCAUCGUAGGAUGGUACCCACUGAGGAUGUCAGUAUGUCUCCCAUCUUCUUCCUGGAGGAAUCCUUGGCAAAAGAUAGCAGAUACCAGGAAAUAGAGGAAAAGGAGGAGAAAAAAAAGAAGAAAAUAAAGGAGGAAGAACAGGGAGAGGUUAAAAAGGAAGAGAAGAAUCUCAUGGCUUCAAAAAAAUCUUUAAUGGAGGCACCCCUAAAUCUCAGUACUCCCUUCAUCUCCUGCAUCAUCUACAAACCACAGUACUACCAGCUUUUCUGCUAUAUCUACCAAGUCAGAAACCUGAUAUCUAAUCACAUUCAGACCUUCUCAGACUCUUUCAUUCAGGUGAUCUUCCUGCACUAUGGUCAACGCACCCGGACACUAGAGACUUCCCUGGUCCCAACAUGGAGCGAGACAUUGAUCUUUGACCAUAUUCUACUUGACGAGAAACCCCAAGAUAUAGAAGAAAAUCCUCCCCCGAUGUGCCUAGAACUUUGGCAACUAAAUUCCCAGGGCAAGAAGAGCUUAUGGGGAAGGAGCAUUUGUUCACCAGUUGUCUAUCUAGAUCUUCAAAAACGAGUCCUACCUCCGCUAAACUGGCAUUCCAUCAGCAAAGAAACAGGGGAAGAAGAGGGAGAGAUUCUGGCCUCUUUUGAGCUUAUCCUGGAGACUGAGAUCCCUGAUAAUCAGAAAUCUCCACUCAUGAGUAUUCCCUGGAAGAACGGCUACUUUACCCUCCCCCAAAACAUCCAGCCUUCCUUGAAGAAAACUGCCAUUGAGAUCCUGGCUUGGGGGCUACGAAAUAUACACAAGGCAUACUCUCCCUGGUUAGUGGUGGAAUGUGGUGAGGAAACUCUGAAUACAGCUCAGAUCAAAGAUUACCACUCCAACCCCAACUUUCCCCAGGCUGCCCUCCUAUUAACUGUGUUCCUGCCUCAGGAGGAAGCAUAUACCCCACCCCUGGUGCUGAAAGUGGUAGACCAACAAAACUUUGGCAUCCAGAUGGUGAUUGGCCAGGCCAUUGUCUACUGCUUGCGCCCAUAUUUCUGUGACCCCUGGGCUGAAGACUAUGUACCUCCACGCCUUCCGGUUAUACUCAAGAAGAAAAGAAAUUUUUUUGAUCACAAGAACAGAAAGCACUUCAAGUCUAUCCAUACUGAGGAAGAACACAUGCAUGAAGUGGAUUGGUGGAGCAAGAUGUUCUGGGCAACAGGAGAGAACUCUAAGAUGUGGGACUACAAGGACUACUAUGCUCUGAAGAUAUAUGACUGUGAGCUGGAAGCUGUAUCAGACUUCCAAGGCCUGCAGGAUUUCUGCCAGACUUUCAACCUCUACAGUGGGCAGAAGACUAAAGACAGCCCUAUUGUUGGUGAAUUCAAGGGCCUUUUCCGGGUCUAUCCACUUCCUGAGAAUCCCAAACAAGCCAACCCCCCACGCCAGUUCCAGAAUCUACCUGAGAAAGAGAGCUGCCCGCAGCAGUGCCUCGUGCGGGUGUAUAUAAUCCGGGCCCUUGGGCUGCAGCCAAAGGACAACAAUGGUUUGUGCGACCCUUACGUGAUCCUGAAAUUGGGCAAGACGGUGCUGGGCAGCCGGCACCAUUACAAACCCAACACUGUGGAUCCUGUCUUCGGCAUGAUGUUUGAAAUGAAUUGUACCAUUCCCCUGGAGAAAGAUCUGGAAAUCACUCUUUUUGACUUUGACUUAAUUUCACCUGAUGACAAAAUUGGGUCCACAUUCAUCGACCUGGAGGAUCGGCUCCUGUCCACCUUUGGCGCUCGUUGUGGGCUUCCCAAAUCCUACUGCCUGUCAGGGCCCUUUCAGUGGAGGGACCAGCUAACCCCAAGUCACCUCCUGGAGCAGUAUGCCCACAGGAAGGGGCUGCCACCACCUGAUUUCAGUGAUGAGGAUUGUAUCAUAUUCAGUGGGAGACUCUUCAGGCUGCAAAACUUUGAACAACAGACCCCUCCCAUUAAGCACUUAGGUUCUCCAAAAGAGCGUCUGGCCCUGUAUCUCUUGCAAGCUCAGGGACAGGUGCCCGAGCACGUGGAGACUCGAACUCUAUACUCAAACACCCAACCAGGUAUUGACCAGGGAAAGCUGCAGUUGUGGGUAGACAUCUUCCCCCUGCAUCUUGGGCCUCCAGGGCCUGCAGUAAACAUCAGUCUUCGAAAGGCCAAAAGGUACGAACUACGCUGCAUCAUCUGGGAAACAAGAAAUGUGGACCUGCAGGACGUCAAUAUAACUGGAGAGAGGAUGAGUGAUAUCUACAUCAAAGGAUGGAUGCAUGAUAUGGAGGAAGACAUGCAAAAGACAGAUAUUCACUAUCGAUCACUUACUGGGUCUGCGAGUUUCAACUGGAGGUUCAUCUUCACUUUUAACUACCUGCCCACAGAACAGGUCUGCGUUCUGAGCAAGAAGGAAUUCAUCUGGAGCCUGGACCCCACAGUGGAGAAGAUCCCACCCCGACUUCUAAUCCAGGUUUGGGACAAUGAUAAGUUCCUUCCUGAUGACUUUUUAGGAAUUCUAGAGCUAGACCUGUGUGAAAUGCCAACCCCUGCCCGGAGUUCCCAUGAGUGCACCCUCAACAUGAUAGAAAACAAACCUAAGUGGCCAUUUAAGUUCCUCCACAAGCAUGUCUCCCUCUUCAGGCAGAAAACUCUCACUGGCUGGUGGCCUUGUCAGGUUCUGGAUAACAACAAAUGGCGUUUGUCGGGCAAAGUGAAGAUGACCCUGGAAGUGCUGACAAAAAAGGAGGCUGAUGAAAGACCAGCUGGGAGAGGCCGAUCUGACCCCAAUCAAUACCCUACGCUUCAUACACCAAUACGACCAGAAACCUCAUUCCUAUGGUUCCUAUCACCGUGGCUCAGUUUCCAACACAUCUGUUGGAAUCGCUACCGCUGGAAAUUUACACUCUCUAUUUUAAUAAUGAGCGUAUUGCUCUUGGUGCUAGUAUUUAUCUAUUCUACUCCUAACUAUUUAGCUAUGAAAUUGAUCAAACCUGAGUUUCAGUUAACUAGACCACUACCUGCAUUGUCUGAAGAAAGUCUGAGAGAGACAUCAACAACCACCCUGGAAGGCCUCUUCCAGUCAGUCUCAGAGACUAAUACAAACACAAACUGACCAUCAAAAAAUCCAACAACUACUUGAAUAUUUUUUUCUGAUCUCUUAGGCCCAUGAGGGCAAUCUACUCGCCUAGGGGACUUUCCUGUCCACAUCCCUCCUAACAUUAAAUCUUUCUUUCUCUCAUUGUUUUGAAGUCCUGAGAUUCCUAGAGUUAUUAAGAAAAAUCAAAUUCAGAUAUUUCCUCAUAUCAUCAUCUUUAGGGAAAAAUCUCAAAAAUGAAAGGCAAAUAGCUCAAGUGGUCCAUAAUUGGCCACUUUGGCUAAGGAAUAAAUUCCCAUUUAAUGAGAAGACUGAACAGGAAAUUCCCACCCAAAUAAAAAUGUCUGGUGCCAGAGGAUUUUGUUACAAAUUUAAGUUGUUCAAUGAUGAUGAGUGAUAAAAUGCUAUUCUAUGUGCCUGUAAUUCUUACUCUGGUAGAAUCUGAAGGGUUUAAGUUUAGUUAUG